UACACAGCGACCAGGCUGAAAAAGACGAAGGAACUGUGUUGAGUUUAUCGCAGGAAACACGCUUCCAGAUUCCCUACGGAAAUAUGGAGGCUCGUUUGUCCUUGUAGUCAACUUUUACACAAACAACUUGGAAGUUAGGAGCUGUGGGUUUCCUAUCCUUCCUGGAGAAUGAUGGGAAAAUUCUACUUUCUCCAGCGCCCAAUGGGUCUACUAAGAUGACCCCAGGAGAAAUGAACUGUAGAUGACAUUGUGAGCUCGGGGAAUUCAAAGCUUUGACCAAAAUAUCCGCACAGUGAGCCAAAAAGAAACCUGUUCUACUUGGAUUCACUCACGCACAUUCCUUCCCAAUCGGCCGCUGCAAUGUUGAUGCCAGGACCACUGUGGGCCUGCCUGACUUUGAUAUGGGCGGUGGGCUCCAGUGCCCACAGCUUGUUUACCUGUGAGCCCAUCAAUGUGUUUCGCUGCCUGGGGAUGCCCUACAACAUGACCUUCUUUCCCAACAUGAUGGAGCACUACGACCAGGAUAUGGCAGCCAGUAAGAUGGAGCCGUUCAUGCCCCUGGCAAACCUGCGCUGCUCUCCAGAUGUCCAUCACUUCCUUUGCCAAGCGUUUAUCCCACAAUGCACCGAGGAGAACCAGGUGAUCAGCCCAUGCAAAGAGCAGUGCGAGACUGUUCUCUCUGACUGCGAGGAGAAUAUAAGAAUCUUUGGUAUCACCUGGCCUCCUGAGCUACAGUGUGACAAGUUGGAGUCAUGUGGCUUUCCAGAUGGUUUAGAACUUUCUGCAACCACCCCGACUAGCUCCUCAUCAGCUAAGAGGGACCUUGGCUUCUGGUGUCCACUGCAGCUGAAGACCAAGCCGGGUCAAGGAUCAUCUUUCCUGGGUGCCCAGGACUGUUCUCCUCCCUGCUCCAACAUGUACUUCAAACCCCAUGACAUUGAAUUUGCAAAGAGCUUCAUCGGUAUAUGCUCCAUCAUCUGCUUGGGCGCCACACUCUUCACUUUCUUCACUUUCCUCAUUGAUGUUAAACGAUUCCGCUACCCAGAGCGCCCAAUCAUCUUUUAUGCUGUCUGCUACAGCUUUGUUUCCCUCAUAUACUUCAUUGGUUUCCUGCUUGGGAACAAUGCAGCCUGCACCAAAGCAGCACACCCUAGUGGAGUGGAUACAGUAGUGCUGGGCUCUCAGAGCAGAGGCUGCACUCUGCUUUUUAUGCUGCUCUACUUCUUCUCCAUUGCUGGAAUCGUGUGGUGGGUAAUACUCACCAUCACCUGGUUCCUAGCAGCCGGACCCAAGUGGAGCUGUGAGGCCAUCGAGAAAAAAGCGGUGUGGUUCCACUCUGCUGCCUGGGGGAUCCCUGGAGCGCUAACUGUCAUGCUGCUGGCUAUGAACAAGGUUGAAGGGGACAACAUCAGUGGAGUCUGCUUUGUGGGGCUCUAUGAUCUGGAUGCUUUGCGCUACUUUGUUCUGGCUCCUCUGUGUGUGGGUGUCGCAGUCGGCCUCUUUCUCAUCCUGGCGGGCAUCGUUUCCCUAAACAACGUCCGGCAGGUCAUCCAGCAUGAUGAGCGCAACCAAGAGAAGCUGAAGAAGUUCAUGAUCCGAAUCGGCAUAUUCAGCUGCCUCUACCUGGUACCACUGGUCACGCUGUUAGCCUGCUACACCUAUGAGCAGAGUCACCGCAGCACCUGGGAGAAUACGUGGAUCAAUGACCGCUGUCAGGAGUACAGCAUCCCCUGCUCCUAUAAGACAACAGAGCUUGAACGUCCUGACCUCUCCCUGUUCCUGGUGAAAUAUCUCAUGACACUGGUGGUUGGAAUAUCUGCGGUGUUCUGGGUCAGCAGCAAAAAGACCUGCUCUGAGUGGGCUUACUUCUUUAAUAGGACCCGAAAGAGAGAUCCUAUCAGUGAGAGCAGAAGGGUGCUCCAGGAGUCCUGCGAGUUCUUCCUCAAGCACAACAACCGCGUCCAGCACAAGAAGAAACACUACAAGCCAAACUCCCACAAGCUGAAGGUUAUCUCAAAGUCAAUGGGCACGAGCACUGGUUCUGCCCCCGCCAAGGUUUCCACUGCCCCCGCCACAACCAAUCAAGGAACCUCUGUGCUGGGCAAUCACGACCCCCAUAUGCAAGGCUCUCUGUCGGAGGCCUUAAACAGGGAGCACCUAGACAGGGGCACCCCCAGCAGGAGCUCCAGGAGGGGGGAGAGAUCGAGAGAUCGAGAGAGAGACAGGGAGAGGGGAGAGAGACGUAGCAAGGGGGGGAGCUCCAGUAAGAUCAGCAGCCGCUCAGAGAGCAUGCACAGAGUCACAGAUGGGAGGAUGACUCCAAGGAACGAGCUGUCAGAGGUCAGGCCGAUCCCAAGUGUACCACAGCAUCCAGCUUUAAGCCUAUCACAGAGCAGCGACAUCCAGGACACCACUCACCAGCCAGUGCAUCAGGCACCAGAGGAGAGCAAGGUGGAAAAGGACAGCAGCUGCAGAGACUUCUGACCUCCACGAUGUAUCAUCCAUCCUUGAACCCAAUCGGACAACAGUCACAGAUGAUGCUGGAUCAUUUGUCUUCUUCAAACAAAAUACACAUUAGUGUCAUACAUCAUAAAAGCUCCAUACAUUAAAUCAUGAUCAUUGGUUAGAGUAUGGUCACUGAAUGUUUAGCCAGCAUGAUGGCAUACCCCCGGGUAUUUUUAAUGUGGUAUUUUUAUAACAGUCACAAGAUGUGGAUUCAUUAAGUAAAGCUGACAACUGUGUCUUUCAGUUUUACAAAGCGUUCUUCAUUAAUUAUGGACUAUCUGAAUGUUACAGCACAGUUGUGUAAACACCUGUACAUCUGAUGCACGCAAGCAAGCGUGCAUUAAAAACAUUUGUACUACUGUUUUGUAGAUCAACGGCAUAGGUUGCAUACUAGUCAACAUGCAUUAUUUAUGUAAAUAUACUAUUAUUUUUAUUUUAAACCUUUUUUUAGAACUUAGAUCUUACACUGGACUGAGUGAUGUUACUUAAGGUCAAGAAUAGAUAUUACCAAAUAUUCAACUUAAGGAAAGUCUUCACCUGUGGUUAUUGUUAUUGUUUUUAAUGUCCUGAUGUUAAAACUGGAGCGGUGGUUUCUCUUUAAACCUCAUGUUGCUACUCAUCCUUUGCAAAAAGGACAUGCUCUUAAAGUGGAUAUAGUUUGUUUGUAGACCAUGUUUGUUUUCAAUAACAGAACUUUCACUUCAGGUGUAAAUGUGUCUCUUAAAGAAGUGUAUGUUGAAUUAGGAGAAAGUAUAGCUUUAUGCAUUUUCUUUUACAAGAACAUGCCUUCCUUAGAGUAGCUCCUCCUCUUCCAAGAGCUUCAAAGAACCUACAUGUGUUUUGCAUGUGAUGUCAGUCUGUCUUCUCUGCAUACAUUUCUAUGAUUUUUAAAUAAAUUAAGAACUACUACAAUCAAAAUGCCUUUACACUACUUAUCAUUAGAAGCAAAACAACUAUUUAGUAUAAAAAGUCAUGAACACAAAAAUUAACAUGUUAGACUUUGUUCAGGGCUUAUUUCUAACACAUUUUUCUUCAAAUACUUCCAGAACAACUUGUGGGAUUUCUUCAACAGCCCUUAUGCUGCAUUGUCUGUUCUGCUGAUGAAGGACUUUUUGUCCUUUCAAGUAUCUUACCCUUUUGUAUUUGGGAUCACAAGACUGUUCUAGUAACACUGAUUAAAGAGAAAUCCCUGUCUGUU